CGUUAGCUCGAUGUAUUUUUUUUAGCUUUUCAAAUUUAAUAUAUGCAAAACAAAAAAAGUUACAACAAACAAUAAGAAUCGGAAAUAAACGCGCGAAAAACGCUUCAAAAAAAAAGCAACAAAAGUCGAAGUCAAGAAAGAACAACAUCAGUUUUUGCCUAUAAAUGUACCAGGACAGCAGCUGCAGCAGCAGUAGUCGACGUGGCAGCGCAGCAACAGCAACAACAACAGCAGCAGCAGCAACGACGACGGCAGCAGCAGCAACAACUGGGAAUGAGGCGGAUAACUUUGAGGCGUUGACAAUAAUAACGACAACAACAACAGUAACAACGACAGCUGAUAUAGCCAAAGUGGGCGUGGGCGAGUCGACAGACGACGACGACGACGACGACGACGUUUAUACAUCAGCCGAUGCCGAAAUAGAUAUAGAGUGCUUAACAGCGCAGGGCUCACAAUUGCCAACGAGCCAUAGCAAUAGCAGCAACAGCAACAGCAACAGCAGCAGCAGCAGCUGCGGAAAUGCCGCGCUGUUCUGCAGCGCACGACAGCAACAGCAGCCGCAAACGCAGCAGCAACAGUUGCAGCUGCAACAUACGCAACGUGCCGCCGCUGCCCUAAACGCCGAUGUGCGUUUGCUGCGUAAGAUUGGCUACAUUGCAUCGCGAGUCCGCUGUCUGGCCAAAUAUUAUAACGACUUUCGUCUGGUCAAUCCGUACAGUGCGCAGCGGCAGCGACGCCAGCUGCAGGAGAUAUUGUUGAAGCAUUCGAUUUUCGAUCCGGGACGCGAACGGGAGCGUGCAUUGCUGCUGGCUGCGGCAGCGGCGGCAGUUGGGGCAGCAACAGCGGCAACAGCAGCGGCGGCAAUUGUUAGUCGCAGUCAGAGCUGCAGCAGCAACAGCUUUGAGCCGCUCGAGGAGCAACAAUUGCAGCUGGAUCCGGAGCUUGAAGCAGACAUCGAGAGAGAAGAGCUGGCCAUAGCCACUGUGACAACAACAGCAACAACGACAACAGCGACAGCUACAGCAACAGUAACAGCAACAGCUGCAACAGCAGCGGCAACAUUGCGACGCAAAUCGUCGGCUAGCAGCACGGGCAGCGGGCCAGUGACGGCAACAGCAACUGCAUCAGCGUCAGCGGGCGCCUCGACCAGUGCUUCGGCCUCGCUACUGACAGCUGCCACGCCCAUAGCGCUGCUGGAGGAGCUGCUCAUACAGUUCUACGAGGAUCAGGAUCAGUGCAGCAGCAAGUUGACUGUAAUACGACGACGGCUGGCGUGCAGCGACAACUUGAAUACACUCAACAACAACAACUAUAACAAUAACAGCAACAGCAACAGCAACAGCGGCAACAUGUGCAGCGGCAGCGGCAGCGGAUCUAGUCAGCAGCAACAGACGCGCGCCUACUUGCAGCCCUCGCUCGAUGGCGACAAUCCGUCGCGGCGUCGUCGCGCCAGCGAUUGCUCAGCGGCUGCGCUCGCAAAUCAGCUGCACUGCAUCACGCUGAAGAACAACAAUUGCACCGCUGUGGCAGCGGCCAGCGCUGCUGGCAAAUUGCCGUUCCAUCGCGGCAGCUGCGGCGCUGCCGGCGAGCACUUGCUGGCGGCCAACUCGAUUGCCAAUCGCGCCACCAUCAUAUUGAGCAAGUCCUGCAGCAACGUCGAUGGCGAUGUCAGCCUGGCGGCCAACGUUGCCAACAACAAGCUGCGCGCCAGCGCCACGGACAUUGAGAGCAAUUCGAACGCCUUGAAUGGCGGCCGCAUCGAUGCCAUGCAGCAGGCCAUUGCCGAUGCCGCAUCGAACAAUGGCAACAAUGAGUACAGCAUCCUACAACUGAACAACACGAUCAUCCAGUGUCACUUCAACGACGACGACUUUCGCGCCCUUGUCAAGGAUCUCAAGCGCAAGGUUGAGUACACGGAGCGCAUGAAUUGGCUAUGUCUCUCCAAUCGGCCAUUGGGUCCGCCACAUCGCAAGAGCAGUCUACCAAAGCAUCAGGAGGUGAAGCGUCGCUUCCUGCAAAUUUGUGAUACCAACUUUUCGGAUGAGGUAAAGGCGGCACUGCGUCUGCCGGCGUUCGAUUCGUAUGAGUGGGGCGAUGCCGAUGUCAUACACCUAAUGCAGACCAUGUUCCUUGAGCUCGGCUUCGUUGAGAAGUUCAGCAUACCCGUCGACACGCUGCGCGAGUGGCUCUACGAGGUCUACAAGCACUACAACGAGGUGCCAUUUCAUAACUUUCGGCACUGCUUCUGCGUCGCCCAAAUGAUGUAUGCGAUUACACGCCAAGCGAAUUUACUAAAUCGUCUGGGCGAUCUGGAAUGCCUCAUCUUGCUCGUGUCCUGCAUUUGCCAUGAUCUCGAUCAUCCGGGCUACAACAACAUCUAUCAGAUCAAUGCACGCACCGAGCUGGCACUCAGAUAUAACGAUAUCUCGCCGUUGGAGAACCAUCAUUGUUCGAUUGCAUUCCGUUUGCUGGAGCAUCCCGAGUGCAAUAUAUUCAAGAACUUUAGCCGUGACACAUUCAACACCAUACGGGAGGGCAUCAUUCGCUGCAUCCUGGCCACCGACAUGGCACGUCAUAAUGAGAUACUAACGCAGUUCAUAGAGAUUACGCCCAUCUUCGACUACAACAAUCGUGCGCACAUCAAUCUGCUGUGCAUGAUACUCAUCAAGGUGGCCGACAUCUCGAACGAGGCACGGCCCAUGGACGUGGCUGAGCCGUGGUUGGAUCGGCUGCUGCAGGAGUUUUUCGCACAGAGCGCCGCCGAGAAGUCGGAGGGGCUGCCGGUGACACCAUUCAUGGACCCCGACAAGGUGAGCAAGCCCGGCUCACAGGUGCGUUUCAUUGGACUAGUGCUGUUGCCGCUCUUCGAGGCGCUCGGCGAACUGGUACCAGAGCUCACAGAGCUAAUCAUUAUACCUGUGCGCAUAGCACUCGAGUAUUACAGACGCUUGAACGAUGCACAGACUAAGACACGCAAAUCGGUUGCCGACAGCAAUGCCUCGGCCACGUCGGACAGCAACAGCGGCAACAUGGACUCAAAUGCAGCCAUGGCCAGCACGCCGGGCCACAAUACGGCCGACAAGCUUUUGAUGGACAACAAUAAGGGGGGCUCAAAUGCAGGCUCUGGUGCCGGUGCUGGUGGCGGUGGCGGUGGCGGGGCAGCUGGUGCUGGCGGCGGUGGCGGUGGCAGCGGCAGCGGCAGCGGCGGCGGCGGCGGCAGCAGCUCACCUCAAAUGCCGCGCUCUGGCUCCGCCAUCAGCGUCAAGUCACGCCGCAGCAUACCCUCGCAGAAGUCGGCAUCGCGCACCUCCGUGGAUGAGCCAGGCGGCAUGGCCGCUGAGCUGCACGAUCUACCCGAGGGCAGCGAAAGCGGCGACUCGGAAACAGCCACCGAAGUGGAUGUGGCUGAGAAGACAUCCAAGUUCAAGGUGGACACCGAGGGCUGCAGCAAUCGCAGCAAGUCCUCCCACUCCACCUCGCGGAAGUCGUCGCGCGAGAAGCGACCCUCGAUGAUUGGCGAACUGUGCAGCAGCGGCGGAGGUCAGCGCAUACGCAACUCGUACGGCAACAUUCACGGCUAUCAUACCAAUCGCUGUCACUUUGGCAGCAAUCGUGCCGUCAGCCUCGAUCAGUACAGCACGAACAAUCGCCGACUGUCGGACGGCCUGCCCCAGGUCAUCUCGGACAGCAAUGUCUUCUACGGACGACUCAAUCGUGGCAGUCUCGAGGCAACGACAGCAGCGGCAGCAGCAUCGGCGGCGACUCACGGCGGCGACCUCAACAUGAACACCAGCAGCAGCAGCAGCGGUCAAGCGGCAGCAGCAGUUGCUGCUCCGCAAACUGUGCACAGUCAAAUGUUGGCGUCGCUGCGCGAGUCAGACAAAUUGCCAGUUACAACAACUACAACAGCAACAACAGCAGCAGCAGCGGCAGCAACUGUUGCUGCUGCUGCCACCAGCAAUGGCAACAUAUCGCCAACGCUGACACAAACUUUGGCCAGCAACGGCAGUGCGCGCAGCAGCAGCGCUGCAACAGCAACUGUUGUUACCGUGCAGCAGCAGCAACAGCAGCAGCCCAGCAGCAGCAGCUCCUCUUGGAAGUCGCGUUUGCGCCAAUUCUCCGACUACUUUAGCUUCAGCUUUGACAAGGGCAACAAACGCUUUGGCAGCACACGCAGCAGUCCCUGCCCCGUGCGCAGCGGCGGCGGCGGCAACAACAAUGCAACUGGCAGCAGCAGCAACAACGCCGGCGAGUCCAAUGCCGAGUCGAAAGCAACUCAAUCGACCGGCAUCUACUGCAACAUCUCGAAUAGUCCCACGCCUGGCGCCCAGAUGACAGCUGCUGGCCAAGCGCCCGGCGGCAUUGGCCGGCAUCGCGCCUACAGCUUGGAUGUGCCCUGCAGCCGCCAUGCGGCGACACGCCACAGCUCCGGGGAUAGCAGCAGUCGCAAAUCAUCCCGACACGACGAGCACAACAACAGCAACAACACGCUGCACAGCAGCAGCGGCGGCAUGGGCAUGGCGAUGGGCAUGGGCAUCGGCGAGCUGUCGGGCAUACGCAUACGAAUUGGCAGCGCUGAGGAGGGCGGCAGUGGCGCCAGCAGUGCGGCCACUGCUGCUGGUGCCAUGAAAUUGCCGCCAAGCAUCAGCUGUGAAAUGGGCUUGGCCAGCGGCUCCUCAUCGGAGGCGGUGCCAAAGAUUUGACAACAGGG